CAAAAACCAUUCAAUGCUGACGCUAAUCAGGGACUCAUCAGUAAUUUCGCAAAAAAUCUUGUAUAUUAUCACCGUGUAUAUAUACUGAUGCGAUGCCCAUCUAGCAACGCCAUUUUCGUACUCAAAAAGCACCAAAAACUUCGAAGGACAAAGAAGACGAAGCGCAGAGAAGAAAGUCCCUGCCCGCUAACUCUGUGUGUGUGUGUGUGAUUCCUCUUUGCCGUUCACUGUUUUUCUCGUUUUGUAGUGAUCAAAUUAGCAACUCUGCCAUUAACAACAGAGACUGGAGUCGCUGAAGAAAAAGAGGAUUUAUGGUGGGAGACGCAGGAAGAGGUUUGGAAUGCCAGAAGAUUAUGGAUGGGAAGGAGAGUAAUGCUAACUAUUCAAAUAAGAUUGUUAUCCCUUCUUGCUGCUUGAAGGCUAGGGCUUCUGACCCAGAGCUUGUAUCUAAAUGCCAUUCAACAGUUGUUUCUGGAUGGUUCUCUGAGCUUCGGUCAUGCUCUGAAAAAUCUGGCAAACGGAUGUAUUUCAACAACCCUAUGUGGCCAGGAGAAGCACAUUCUCUGGAAGUAGAGAAGAUUUUGUACCAGGAAAAGUCAGAGUAUCAAGAGGUCCUGGUUUUUGAGUCCUCAACAUAUGGAAAAGUGCUUGUUCUUGAUGGCAUUGUUCAGCUGACUGAGAAAGAUGAAUGCGCCUAUCAGGAGAUGAUAGUCCAUCUUCCCCUUUGUUCGAUCAAAUCCCCCAAAACUGUUUUGGUUGUAGGUGGUGGUGAUGGUGGUGUUCUUAGGGAAAUUUCUCGUCACAGCUCUGUGGAGCUGAUUGAUAUUUGUGAGAUAGAUAAGAUGGUUAUAGAUGUUAGUAAGAAGUAUUUUCCAGAAUUAGCUGUUGGCUUUGAGGAUCCUCGUGUUCAACUUCAUAUUGGUGAUGCUGUGGAAUUUCUACGGCAUGCACCUCGAGGAAAGUAUGAUGCAAUUAUUGUUGAUUCGUCAGACCCUGUGGGUCCUGCUCAAGAACUUGUGGAAAGGCCAUUCUUUGAGACAAUAGCAAAGGCAUUAAGGCCAGGUGGUGUUCUUUGUAACAUGGCUGAGAGUAUGUGGCUCCAUACGCAUCUUAUUGAGGAUAUGAUCUCUAUUUGCCAGGAAACAUUCAAGAGUUCUGUUCAUUAUGCUUGGGCGAGUGUUCCUACAUAUCCAAGUGGCGUUAUUGGAUUUAUUUUAUGUUCAACGGAGGGGCCACCUGUUGAUUUUAAGAGCCCUAUCAAUCCUAUUGAGAAGUUAGAUGGAGCACUCAACUAUCGGAGGGAACUUAAAUUUUACAAUUCUGAGAUUCACAUGGCUGCCUUUGCAUUGCCAUCAUUUGUCAAGAGGGCAGUGAGCUGCCUUUGAGAUUGCCCAACCUCUGCAAAACGAGUCAACGUUUCUUAGUUGGAUUUUAGCAUCACAUUUGUUUGCGUUAUUUAUGGAAUUGUAUCCCUGCAUGUUGAAAUAGACUGAUCAGAACCACGUAUAACUAGUAUAGAAACAGCAAGGUUUUCUGCCUUUUAGGCGUAUUAGGCGUUCAAAUCUAAGCAUGUAAUACGGGCACCUCGAACAUUUAUGAUAUUGCUGUAAGACUUCUCAUUAUGCAAUGCUUGUGGCUUGAUAUUUGUUAGAUUGC